GCGUCGCUCGAGCGUCAUGACGUCACUGCCCUCUGCCGCGCUGUGUCGUAGUAACGGAUGACGUAGUGAAAAAAAAACGCUGUCGGUUACCGGGAGGAAGAGGGCGAGCGUCCUGCACGAGGACAGGUGAAUCACCAUGACAACAGAGCCAGGUGACGCUCAGCCUACAGAGGCGGAGUCUUUCCCUGAGGCCGCCGCCCACUCCACACCUAAACAGGGAGCGGAGGGGGGGCCGCCCCACAGCCACGCACAGAGCUCAUUGGCCGAGGACUCGUCCAGUCACCUGUCGUCGAGCAGUCGGAUCGCUCGCUCUCCGGCCAGAAACCCGCUGAGCUUCAGGACCAUGCAGACCAGAGUGACCCUGCUGGACGGGUCGCUGUUCUCCUGCACCGUGGAGAAACGAGCUCGAGGAGUUCAUCUGUUUGAGAAGGUCUGUGAACACGUCAACCUGCUGGAGCGAGACUACUUCGCCCUGUCCUUCAGAGACGCAGACAACAACAAGAACUGGUUGGAUCCAGCCAAGGAGAUGAAGAAGCAGGUCAGAGGCGUUCCCUGGAAUUUCUCCUUUAAUGUCAAGUUUUACCCUCCUGACCCCGCCCAGCUGUCUGAGGACAUCACCAGGUACUUCCUGUGUCUCCAGCUCAGACAGGAUAUAGUUUCUGGUCGUCUUCCUUGCUCCUUUGCGACUCACACAGUUCUGGGCUCCUACACCGUCCAAUCAGAGCUUGGAGACUACGACCCUGAUGAGUGUGGCCCGGACUACGUCAGUGAACUGUGUUUUGCCCCCAACCAAACUAAGGAGAUGGAGGAGAAGAUCAUGGAGCUGCACAGAAGCUACAGAGGAAUGACUCCCGCUGAGGCAGAGAUGCACUUCCUGGAGAACGUCAAGAAGCUCUCCAUGUACGGAGUCGACCUCCAUCACGCCAAGAUGGUAGGAAGCCGCUUUGAUUGCUUGUCUCCGGCUCAGUCUGAGGACUCGGAGGGCGUGGCCAUCAUGCUGGGCGUGUGCAGUAGCGGCCUGCUGGUCUACAGAGACAGACUGAGGAUCAACAGAUUCUCGUGGCCAAAGAUCCUGAAGAUAUCGUACAAACGAAACAACUUCUACAUCAAAAUCCGACCAGGAGAGUUUGACCAGUUUGAGUCCACUAUUGGUUUUAAGCUGCUGAACCACAGAGCAGCUAAGAGGCUGUGGAAGGUCUGUGUGGAGCAUCACUCCUUCUUCAGGCUGGUGUCUCCAGAGGAGCCUCCCAAGAAGUUCCUGUCUCUGGGCUCUAAGUUCCGGUACAGCGGUCGCACUCAGAUCCAGAGCCGCAGAGCCAGCGCCCAGAUCUCCAGACCGGCACCGCAUUUCCCACGAUGCAUCAGCAAGAGGAACAUGCUGAGUCGCAGUCUGGACGGAGCUCCAAGGGUGACACCCACCUCAUCUCUGAUUGGCUCUCCAGCCAUUACAGCGUCCCCCAAAGCCAACGGUGGUGCACACAAAGAUAUGAGCUCAGGUCUGUACGGAGCGUCCAAAGCCAUCGCCGUUAGCGACCUCAUCACCAGUGUGACUCCUGAGAGGAGGACAGAGGAGAGGAGGGAGGAGCGAGGUGAACAGCUGCAGGUGGAGGAGCUGCAGGUGGAGGAUGAAACCAAAGCCACAGAUGUUUCCCAGACAAGUCCUCAGAGUCCCCAGAAACUCGACACCAAGACUGAGCUGACCGAUACAGGUGUGGACGGAGACCUGACAGCCACUGAGUCUGAUCAGGAUGAAGAUCUGAAAACUCAGGAGACGUUGGGGAGUCCUGAGGAGGUGCAGAACCCUGAGAGCACCAUCAGCGCUCUUAGACGCUCCUUCUUGGAGGGAGGAGACGGAGGAGGUGGGAUGACGGAGUGGGAGAAGCGUCUGGCCUCCUCACCCCUCCGACGACUCGACGACUCCCCGAUGAUCGAACCCCUCGAGCCCGAAGAGGGGGGCGGGGUCACGGCAAACCCAACUUCUUCUCAGCCAAUCAGAGAGAAGAGCUACACGGUGGGGCGGAGCUACGACACCACCUCUGGCAGGGUCGUUGCUAUGACGACCACGGACGGCCGCUCCGACGGUACCGUGAUGUCUGAGAGGGCGGGCUGUCAAAUCCAAACCACCCCAGUGUCCACCACUGAUGAUGUCAUCACAGGGGGACCCCUGAUCACUAUUCAGGAGGUGAAAACGCCAACGUCCCCAUCGGAGGCGCCACCUACCAUCUGUGACAUCAUCAGCGUGGCUAAGACCAGCAGAGCCACCUCUCUGGACCUCUGUGGGGGCGGAGUCUCUGUGAUGUCACCCAUGUCCCCGCUGAGCCCGGCGCUCAGCAGGACGUCACCCCGCGCGGCCAGAGUGCCGAAACCUACAUUUGAUGAGAUGUCUCCUGAGCUCACAGCUCUGCUGAAGUCAGCCAGAGAACAAGAAACCUUCAGAGAACACAACCUGCUGAAGACUUCAGAGAAGGUGGAGACGGUCUUCCUGCUUCCAGAUGAAUCACAUGACCAGGACCAACCAAUGGCAGAACAGCCUCAGGAGGUACCGCUGAUGAGGAAAACUCUCACAUAUGAAGCUCCGGGGAGCCGAGUGGAUUCUGAUCCCCCUGCAGGUCUGCUGCUGAGCUCCCAGACCUUCACAGCUGAGACCUCCAACACCACCACCACCACACACAUCACCAAGACGGUAAAAGGAGGAAUUUCAGAAACCAGAAUCGAGAAGAGAAUUGUGAUUUCUGGAGACACGGAAAUCGACCACGACCAGGCCCUGGCGGAGGCGCUCAGCGAGGCGCGGCGACAGCAUCCUGAGCUCUCCGUCACCCGAGUCGUGGUCCAUAAAGAAACCGAGGUCUCUCCUGAUCACGUGAUUGAUUAAUGACAUCACAGGACUGAAUCGAGAGGCCUCUGCUGCAUUAUGGGAAAUGAAGUCCCGACUACAGAACCAACAGAGACACUGUUUGCAGCGACACUCAGUGGACGUACUGGACAUGAGAAUUUACACUGUCACACACACUCAUGCAUGCACACUUGGACACACACACACAGCAGCACCUGUCUGCCUGCCUGGGGUGGGGCCAGUAGCCAAGUUAGCUUCUGAACAGUUAGCAUUAGCUGGAUGAUGUGAUUAUUUUAGGUCGAAAGUUUCUGUGGCAACAUUUUCACACAAACAUUUAAGCAACACAGGUAAGAGAGAAGGGCAGGUGAGACACAGACAGGUGAGACACAGACAGGUGUCACUGCUGUGAUGCCAUCAACAUGUUCCCACAGUAACAGACAACCACAGCUGGUUGGCCUCCAGAUGAACUUUCACCAUAAACCAACUCCCGAUGCUUUUACUGAAACAAGCCCCACCCUCACACCUCACUCCCCCACAGGUUAGAGCAGACACCUGAUUGGCUGGUCGACUCAGGUGUGUUUGCUUCAGAUUCUGUGAUGGGAGAUCAGCUUUAUGAAACAUUCAGCAAACAGCUAGCGCCAGGUUAGCAGCAACACCUGGAGGUUUCUGCUGGUGCUAGCUGUUUGUAAAAUGUAAAAACAGCAUGAUUGUUAGCACUGUAACCAGCUAAAUCUCAGCUCUGUAUUUACCCAGAAUGCAAUAGUAAUGUGCCAUCAUCUCAUCUUGCCAUGGAAACCCUUACGAAUGAUUUUACUCAUCUGUCUCAGUAUUUAUUGAUUUCUCUGUCUAUUUAUUGAUUGAUUUACUGAUGUGUCUAUUUAUUGAUUUAUCUACUGAUAAGUUCUGUGUUUGUAAUCCUAAACAGACUGACCACCCCCCCGGUGUCUGAUUACAUUAGUUCUGUGUUUUUAUUUAUGAUCAAUCAAAACACACGAAACACUGAAUGUGUUUUUACCCACUAAGCUCAAAUAAAACGAUCAAAUUAA